CGCUAUCCUACAGGCGGGCAGCGACGCCGCCGCCGCCGCCCCCCGCCGCUCGCAGGAACAGGCGGAAACGGCGGCGCCGCGAUCACCGCCGCGAGGGCGUGUGGCUGCAGCGCACCGACGACAGCGACUACGAGAUCCCCGCGGCGCCGCCAAGUUCUAGCGCAUUCAAGUGGGACUCGCCCAAGAGCGUGGCGCCGCACAAGGCGCGGCGCCGGCACGAGCGCGAGCUGAUGCGCGAGAAUCCCGGGCUGCGGAUCUGGCUGCGCAGGCGCGAUCAGUGGACGGGCGCGGAUUCCGAGGGCUGGGUACCGGUGGGCAAGAGCCUGUUCGCCGAUAAUCCACUUGCCAAACUCGUCACCCCCAACGCGUAUCCCGAUAUCUAUCAGCGCUGUGUUGUACGCAGUGGCGAGCUGCCCGUGCCUAUCAAUCUUGCCAAGAUGAUUGAUGCCCUGGUCACCGGCUGGAAGAGUGAUGAUUUGUGGCCGCCGAAACCGACGCCUGCUGAGCCCGGGAUCACGACGGGACGGGUUAAGGUCGGUAGUAAUAGCAAUAAUGGAGGCGGCACCAGGGGAGCGGCACACGGUCAGGACGAGGGCGGCGUCAAGAGCAUGAGUGGAAGGGUUAGGAAGUAUUUGGGGAUUCGGUAGGGAAGAACUAGGUACCUACUGGAUCAUGACGACGGGCGGGAGGGGGGGAGUUUGGAGUACUUACUUGGGUUGUGGGUGUUAUUUGCUAUUUUUUCUUCUCUUUCCUGUUGCUUUUCCUUGACCUUUUACUGGGACUUCGAUCUGAUGCUCCUGUGGGAUGCUAUUUCGAACUACGGUACUCUACUACUCUACAUAAAUGAGAUGAGGGGUGUGUUUUUCUUCUUGUUAUUGUUCAUUGUGCAUUGUGCAUUCAGUCUGGGGGUUUGAUUUCUAUGGUGGUAUGGUUUACGGGCUGUAUGGACUGUAUGGACUGUAUGGACUGUAUGGACUGUUUUUUUUUUUGAAAUCGACGAGAUGUUUAUGGCUAUUAUUAUGCAUAGGGUGUGUGUGCUUAGAUAAUAUGUACGUACGUGGAGGGGAAUAAUAUGGCGUUGAU